AUGGAAAAACCGGAUGGAACACGGAGGCCACCGUGCCGACUGCCGGAACGGCUUUUCGCAGUCGGGGAAGAACCCGCCGGCGUUAGGGUUACUCCUUACCAUAAAGCAGGCGCAAUCAGGGAAAUUCUUAAUGCCCUCGAUCCAGCGGAAGUCGACCACAUCAGAAGUUCUCCAUUCGGGCGAUUGAUAGAGAUCGCCGACAAACCAAGUUUCUCCGGGAGGUUUGGGAGAUAUAUACUCUCCAGACAGCUUAAAGUGUUUAAGAAACAUGAGGCUUGGUUCCUUUUUGCCGGAAAACCAAUUAGGUUUUCAAUCCGAGAGUUUGCUAUGGUAACGGGUCUCAACUGCAGCAAAUUCCCAAAACGGGGCAAAAAGAAGUCAAGAAAUUUCAUGGAAGAUAAACCAUAUUGGGGUGAACUCUUUAGAUCCCUCAGAGAGGUCCCAGUCUCAUCUGUUGUGAAGAUGUUGGCGAAGAAGACGGUUGUAGAUCGAGACAUCAGGCUUAAGUAUGCAUAUCUCGCCUUAGUCUCUGCUGUGAUUCUCCCAACGACACACGCACCGCGUAUUUCGGUAGAGUACGCCGAGAUGAUAAAGGAUUUGGAUACAUUUCUAGCACACCCAUGGGGGAGGGUCUCAUUCGAGAUGUUAAUUAGCAGCAUCAAGGAGAGAAAGGAAGUGUCAUUGCUUCAGAACACGAUUGCUUUGAAGGGAUUUGUUUUAGCCCUGCAGCUUGUCAUUGUGGAAUGCGUGCCCGCGCUAACCGAAGUUGUGCAAGAUGGAAGUUCAUCUGGUUCGGACGGCGAAACCGGUGGUGAUGAUAAUACGUUAGAGAUGGAGAAAGGGGAGAGGAGAAAUAUCAGCCCUGGUCACGCCCGCGACACAGAUGCUGCCGGGAAGAUUAUUCUUAGGCAGAGUGAUAGACUGAUUAUAAAACCACUUUCACCGUCGCAGGCUAUUGUCGAGUCCAUACUGCUUGAUGCAAAUGGAGAGAUAACAGUACCUGAAGUUUAUCAAUGGUCAGACGAUGAAGACGACGGUAGCGUGUCUAAUAUGGUGGGGUUAAUAGAGCAGCGCUAUGGUUUCAGCAAUGACUGUUUUGUUGGUGGGGCAACAAUACAGGAUGUUAUAAAGAUGCGUGAAGAGUCAAAAGCUGAAAUUGACGACUUCCAGCUCUUACAUGGCAGCAUAUCAACCAUCCAGGAAUCAUCUAAUGGCUUCACUGAAACCAUCCUUGUCAACAUCAACGAGGUUUUUGGAAUGGUACAAGAUAAAGCCCGUGCUAUUAAAACCCUCUCAGAUCAAAUUAGUAAGUUCACUCCUACACCGGCGGUUGCUACUGUCGACUCGGUGCCUCCCCGGCCAAAAGUGGUUAAUGCGGGAACACAAACAAUUGACGAUUCCACAGACAUAAUAGGAAAAGCAAUCAACUUUGCUAACCGGUCAUCUGUCAUUUCUACUGAUCCUGCUAAUAAGAACUAUAUCCAGGAUGUUGAAAUGGGGUCCGAACCAAACACGGUUGCACAUGGAGUAACUACCGAUGGUUGCCAAGAAGGCGGGCAGGGAGAGCAGAACACAUCUGAAGAUGAGCAGUUACAUCCUCCACAGACAGCCACAGUAGCUGAAUCGCUGCAGCCUCUUGAUCCAGCCUUGGUAUUUCCCAACCCCACAUUCUCGCUUGGCCUUACCCAGGAGGCAGUUCUGGUUAAAAAUCCGAACUCCAAUGUCAACGUUGAGACUGACCAGCAAGUUUCCGAAGACGACAACCACGUUGAUGCAAACAUACCAGAAGCAGAUGGGUGUAGGAAAAGCAAGAGGCACAAGGUACCAACAAAGUCGCUCAUGGCUGAGUACCAGUGUGACAAAGGAUUUCUGAACCGUGCGAGAAAGGCAGUGGCUGAUGCAAUAUACAAGGGAGGGGACAUUGAUUACUCGGCUAAAUUUGGAGCUUUGAUGGAGAAGAUGAAGAAACCGUUUGAUCUAACUACUGCGAAGGGAACUCUUCAGAGCACCGAACUGAAGGAGGUCAUUGAGAGAGCAACCCAACUAUCGGCUAAGGUGGUGGAUGUCCUAAUGUUCCACACUAGUUCAUUGUUCCGGUCCGGAUCAUCUCUUAACUAUCUAGCGGGGCCAGUAUUCAUGGACACACAGUUCGUCUCCCAGUUCACCAAAUUAUACAGCAAGUUCUCAAAGUCGUCGAAAAAAGAUAACUACAAGUUUAGUGGGGAGGUUACUGAGAUGUUUAUGCAGCUUCCGGCUUACGCUGAUGCCGACCGUUUCUAUUUCCCAUUCUGCCUUGAUAAAACUUACUGGGUUGGCAUCUGCGUUGAUUGUGGGACAUGGAGCGUGACUGUCUUUGACUGCAACAUCUCGAUUAGGACUGACUACAUGAUGAACAAAGAAGUUAGACCUCUAGCAUUGAUGUUUCCUUAUUUGCUGAAGCAGGUAGGCAGGCAGGUGGGCACGCGAGACUGCAAAGCAAUGGCAAUUGAAAGGCCCCGGAGCAUCCCACAACAAAACGAAGUUAAAGACUCCGGAGUCUCAUCCGUUUUUUUUAUACAAGCGCAUGCGGUCAGGGGGAUCGAUGCUUGCAAAUGCAUCACACCGGAUGUCAUAGCCAGCCAUGUUGAGAGGCUCGUUGUGACUCUAUAUGAGGCAUCUCUCGGCCUCCUCUGA